CAUGAUUAGGGUUUCUUUUCUCUUGCUGGGAGCAACUCGCCACCGCCGGCCUCCUUCUGGUUUUCGCUUUCCGUCAGUAACAAUCUAUAUUUCAACCAACUCCUGUCAUCGUCCCUGGCCCAGCGGUGACUUCUACUGAGGCUACUUUCGCGUCCUCUGCUUUCGUUUCCUAUCUAGAACGCUUUUCCUCUUCCAUUUCUCGUCGAAAUCCCUUCUAAACAGUUCGUCAGUUAUCCCGGUUCUGUUGCCCAAGUAUUCGCCGCUGGUUGGUCUGGUUAUCCUCGACCUGAAAUUCCAAAUUUGCAUCAUUGAGCUGCAUCGCCAUCGCGGGCAUCACACCGGCUACCUCGGUCGCACGGUGCGGAGGCGAAGAACUUAGUAUCGUGUUUUUCUAACAUAAGGAUGUUUUGAUUCGGAACCAGUCACACAAGUAGUUUACAUAUAAGUUUUUCUUCCUUAUAGAAAUGCUUGGAGCAUUACCAAUUUUGCCUCUUGAGGCCCCUCCUGCUGAUGGAAAUAUCGGUCCUCUUCCUCCUUCCCAAGUAACGGAGCCAGUCAAGGAUGAGACCAAUGAGGACCAAAACAAAACUAAUUCAGCUCCUGCCUCCGUUGCAACCCACACAAGAACCAUUGGAAUCAUACAUCCUCCCCCAGACAUCAGAAAUAUUGUUGAUAAAACUGCUCAAUUCGUUGCAAAAAAUGGGCUGGAAUUUGAAAAGAGGAUCAUUGCCAACAAUGCUAACAAUGCAAAGUUCAACUUUCUUAGUAGCUCGGAUCCAUACCACGCAUAUUACCAGCAUAGGCUGACUGAAUUUCGUGCUCAGAAUCAAGCUUCUGCCCAGCAGCCUCCAUCAGAGUCUGCAGAUUCUGUUCCAAAGGAACUGGCACCAGCUGCCCCAGCUGCUGCUGAUGCGAAUGAAGCUGUAGCAAAACCUGAUAUUACAGCUCAGUUCAGACCUCCGGUACGCAAGCCUCUUGAGCCACCCGAGGCUGAGCAGUAUACUGUUCGACUUCCUGAAGGAAUUACUGGGGAAGAACUGGAUAUUAUUAAGCUUACAGCUCAGUUUGUUGCAAGAAAUGGGAAAUCAUUCUUGACAGGAUUGACAAGUAGAGAGAUAAAUAAUCCACAGUUCCAUUUUUUGAAGCCAACACAUAGUAUGUUCACCUUCUUUACUGCACUUGCUGAUGCAUAUUCAAAGGUGUUGAUGCCCCCUAAGGGUUUAACAGAGAAACUGAAGAAGAAUAUUACUGAUAUGACAACUGUACUUGAAAGGUGCUUGCAUCGCCUGGAGUGGGAACGUUCACAGGAGCAGGCAAGGCAGAAAGCUGAGAUGAGUAGAGCAGAGAGGAUGCAAAUGGCUAUGAUUGAUUGGCAUGAUUUUGUUGUGGUUGAGACCAUAGAUUUUGCUGAUGAUGAAGAUGAAGAUUUACCCCCACCUAUGACACCCCCACCACCAGGACUUGCAUUGAAUCUUCCUCGUGUACCUCCAAACACGGUCCAGUAUGCACCUCCAACUAGUGGUGGAAUCCCAGUACCUCAUCAGCCCAGGCCAAUUGGUAUCCAGAUGAUUCCAUCAAUUCGCCAACCGCCAUUACCUAUGCAAGCUGGGCAACCUCCAAUUAUGGUUAAUCGACCACCAUCAAUGCCUCCGCCAAUUCCUGUGAAUUUGCCUGGUAUUCCUGUACCACCACCUCCAGGUUCUCAGUUUACUCCUGUCUCUGUUCCCCGAUCGUAUGUUCCUCUUCCAGUUGCUCCUCCUUCUAUGUCUAUGAUGCAGCCACCACCUUUGCCUCAAGGAAUACCUCCACCACCUCCACCAGAUGAAGCUCCACCACCACUUCCUGAAGAACCAGAACCAAAGAGACAGAAGCUUGAUGAUUCUAUGCUUAUUCCAGAAGACCAGUUUCUUGCUCAACAUCCGGGACCUGUUCGCAUCACUGUAUCUGUUCCCAACAUUGAUGAGGGGCAAAAUCUCAAGGGCCAAGUUCUUGAGAUUACAGUGCAAGCCCUGUCUGAAACUGUUGGUAGUUUGAAAGAGAAAAUUGCAGGGGAGAUACAACUUCCUGCAAACAAACAGAAAUUGAGUGGAAAAGCUGGUUUUCUUAAGGACAACAUGUCACUUGCAUAUUACAAUGUUGGAGCAGGAGAAACGCUUGCACUCUCUCUGAGAGAACGUGGUGGUAGAAAGAGAUGAAUUGAUUCUUUGAUCUGGCUAUUUCACUUAAGGUUGUUUUGUCAUGAGAUUUUUCCAUAUGUUAUUGUGGAGGAUCAUUUACCUAGCUUUGAUGCUAUGUUGAAGAUUAUGUUGCUUGUAUAUCAUUAGAUUACCGUAUAAUUUUGUCAUUGGACUAACGUUAUGUCUCAUAUCUACUACAGAUCUUGGCGUUUGGCAACUCCUAUAAACACAAUGAGAUAUAAAAGGAGCUCAUUUGCUCAAACAGAGCAACUCAUCCAUAUAUUGUUAAUUACUCCAUUCUUUUCAAUGUGCUGUUAACAUCCUGUGGAAAUGUAGACUUAUGGUCAUACCAACGGUUUCCAUGUUUAUGUAGAAUUGUCCUUGAUGAUGAUUUAAUCCUUGCUGGUCAUUUUGAAUGCAUGCGAAAUUUCUUUAAUCCUAGCAACCAUUUGAAGAUGGUUUUUUUCCUAGUUUAUCUUCUGUAGGGAGCAUGGUCUGAGCACAAGAACAGGUGGGUUGUUCUGGUGAUGCACCUAGCGUCACAUCUGAUACUCAGAUUGAACCCGAGUAUUUGUUCAUUUUUACACAUUAUUGGUUGUGUUUUCUGAUGCUGAUGUUUUCUCCUCUCAGAGGGUUCUGCCUUUGUGCCUUGGUCUCUGGUGCAACAUUUCAGAUGUGUAUUUUUUCAUAAAUGUCUGGGGCAGCUUGAGAUGCAGUGGUAGCUGAUUGAUGCUUAGUUUCUUCUUAUUGCUUUGGGUAAAAGAUGAUGCAUGUGCUGUGCUUAUGUUUCUCCUUAGGUGGGUUACAUAGUGUAUUAUUGGGUUUGAAUUCUAUACAAUUUUGAAGUUCAAAUAUUUAUUGUGGGUUUGUAGGUUACUCAAUUCUGCAGCUCUUGGAAAUUUAUGGACUUACUGUUAUAUAGGGCAUAUAUUAUA